AUGUGGGUUUUUUGGUUGGGUGUGGGGUGUGUGGGUGGGUGGGAUGGGGGGGGGGGGGGGGAAUAUUUUGGGGGGUGUGUGGGGGGGGUGGGGGUGGGGUGUGGUUGGGUUUGGGGUAUGGGUGUGGUGGUUGAGUGUUUUGUGGGGGGGUUGUUGGGGGGGGGGUGGGGGGGGUGGGGGGGUUGUUUUGGGUUUGUUGGGUGGGGGUUUUGGGGGUAUUGUGGGGGUGUUUGGUGGGGGGUGGGGGUGGUGGUUUUGGGGUGUAUUUUUGUGUUGGGGUGUAUGGGGGGGGUGGGGUGUUGUUUGUGGGGUUGUGGUUGGGUUGUAUGGGGGUGGGGUUGUGGUGGUGGUUGGUUGUGUGGGGGGUGUUGGUGUUUUGUGGUGGGGGGUGUGGUUUUUUGGUGGGUGGUAUGGGGUGUGUGGUGGGUUUGGUUUGGGUUUGGGGGGUGUGGGUGGGUUGUUGGGGGUUGUAUAGGUGAUGAAUUGUGUGGAUAG